GAGUGUGUGUGUGUGUGAGAGAGAGAGCGGGGAGAGCAAUAGAGUGCUAGUGGCGCGGUGUAAACAGCGUGUCAGAAAAGAAAGUGCAGGGACAUUUUAACCUGACUACAGCCACAAAGCUAACUGUUGGGUAGAACAAUCACGAGAGAGCAGGAAGGAGAGAGACAGAGAGAGAGAGAGAGAGAGAGAGAGAGGGAAGCAAGAGGGAAAAAAAGGCUUAAUUAAUUCAUGCUGAAGGGGAGGGAUGUUACGGCGACUCAGUGAAGGGGCUUUGCCACCGCGGCUGGGCUGUCUCUAGCACCCAGCCUGUUCGUAGGAGACUGCAAGUCGGAGACGCACAACACACAUACAAACACACACACACACACUCUCUCUCCCCAUGCCCUGCCUGGAGGAAGCCUGUACUCUCACAUCGACACGAGGAGCAGACACCAUCACUGAGGUUAACGGAGAGAUUAUCGGGCGCCGCUGUGAGCUCCCUGGUGGAUCCGACACAUCUCCCUGCAUGCCUCUGGCAGUCGCACUAAGCCAACUCUGCCUCCAACCUCCGCCUGCACCUCAGCCUCUUCUUCGUCAUCCUCGUCCUCGUCCUCAUUGAGCCUGACCUUCACACUCGUACCCCCACACCCACCCAGGCCAGCAGGCGGUGCGUCGCCUGUCCCCCCGCGCUGCCUCUGGUCUCCUCUUUGCACGCCUGCGUCGCUUCAGAUGACCCGUCUCAUCGUCCGGCUCGGCAGGCAGGGAGCCGAGAUGUGGCCAGCCCUGCUCAGCAGCUUCUCAGCGCACCUCAACGAGGGAUAACCGUCACUGGCAACACACACAAACACACAAAUACACACACACACACACACCCUAACACUAUACAUACAUACACGUUUACACACACUCACAUACAUACACUAUACCCAUACUGUGACACAUACCCCCAUACUCACUCAUAAACACACACACAUACACAUAACACAUACACACCUCACAGAUGUAUGCUCACAUAUCCAACGUAUAGAUACAAACACGUAUACGCAGGAACGGACACACACACACACGUGCACAUAUGCAGUGUGAAAUGGGGGACUGCAGCUGGGUGUGUCUAAGUCCGGCAGAGUUCGCUCAACUGCAGCAGUACAGUGAGUACUCCACCAAGAAGCUGAAGGAUGUCCUGGAGGAGUUCCACGGCAACGGCGUCCUCUCCAAGUACAACCCGGAGCAGAAGCAAGACGUUCUCAACCAACCCAUCGACUAUGAGGGCUUCCAGCUCUUCAUGGCCACCUAUCUGGAGAAUGACAUUCCUGAGGACCUGUGCCAGCACCUCUUCACCUCCUUCAAGAGCAAGACAGGUGGGGGAUGCUCUCCAGAGGCUCCCCGCGCCGGAGCCAGCAUGCUGGAGCCCAUGUCGAUCGAUGCAGGCAUCUCUAUACAGACCGAAGUGGCCUGUGCUCCAAUUACAGGCAUGAAUGGAAAGAGCAUCCUGUCCGCGAUGGGCAGGCACACCCCCGAGCACUCUGGCGUCCCGACACCGAGCUCCGGGGCCACCACGUCGCCCUGCUCAUCCCGCUCCUCCUCUCAGCGCUCAGGGACCGGGGGCCACACGCCCAAGGGCCACAGCCGCUCACCCUGCGGCCAGUCCAAACCCGUGGGGGCCAGCAGCAACGCUCUGGCCCCCGCAAAGACCACCGGCUCCCCUCGGCUCUCACCUGAGCGGACGCGGAGUGAGAAGUGUGUGUCCCAGAAGAGAAGCCCCUCGCCUCAGAAGGGCUCUCCUCUGCCCUCCCCUCAGGUGGUCUUCCUCAAGGACAUUGUGUGUUACCUGUCGCUUUUGGAGAGGGGAACACCAGAGGACAAGCUAGAGUUCAUGUUCCGGCUCUACGACACGGACGGCAAUGGUGUACUGGACAGCUCGGAAGUGGACCGCAUCAUCAAUCAAAUGGUCCAUGUGGCAGAGUAUCUGGAGUGGGACUCCACAGAGCUACGACCAAUUCUGAAGGAGAUGAUGGAGGAGAUUGAUUUUGACAAAGAUGGGACCAUUACCCUGGAGGAGUGGAUCAGAGGAGGAAUGUCCACUAUACCCCUUCUGGUGUUACUGGGCAUGGAGACGAAUGACCAGGAGGAUGGGCAGCAUGUUUGGAGACUGAAGCACUUCAACAAGCCAGCCUACUGUAACUACUGCCACACCAUGCUCCUGGGGGUCCGCAAACAAGGCCUCUGUUGCUCCUUAUGCAAGUACACAGUCCAUGAGCGCUGUGUGUCCAAAGACAUCGCUGCCUGCAUCAGCACCUAUGCCAAGUCCCGCAGACACACCAACGCUAUGCAGCAUGUGUGGAUGGAGGGAAACUCACCCACCAAGUGUGACCGUUGCCACAGGAGUAUUAAGUGCUACCAGGGCCUGACCGGCCUGCACUGUGUCUGGUGUCAGAUCACUCUCCAUAAUAAGUGUGCCUCCAACGUGAAGCCAGAAUGUGACGGCGGAUCCUUGAGAGAUCACACACUCCUGCCCUCCUACAUCUGUCCAGUCGUACUGGACCGACACUCUGUAGUGAAGCGAGGUGAGAGUGAGUCUCCACCGAGCACUAGUCCUGAUGACUCCAACCAGUGCUUCAAAUUCACAGGAGAUGGACAAGCACUUCAGAUCACGCCACUGCCAGGGACGCAUCCCUUGCUGGUGCUAGUGAACCCAAAGAGUGGUGGGCGGCAGGGGGAGAGGGUGCUACGGAAGUUCCGGUAUCUGCUGAACCCCCGACAGGUCUACAGUCUGGAGCUCGGAGGGCCCAUGGUGGGGCUCAACUUCUUCCGUGACGUCCCUGAUUUCCGUGUGCUGGCCUGUGGUGGGGACGGGACAGUGGGCUGGAUCCUGGACUGUAUCGAUAAAGCUAACUUUGCCAGAGAUCCACCUGUGGCCAUCCUCCCGCUGGGAACGGGAAAUGACCUGGCCAGGUGUCUACGCUGGGGAGGAGGCUAUGAGGGUGGCAGCCUGCUGAAGGUCCUCAAAGACAUUGAACACAGCACAGAUAUGGUGCUCGAUCGGUGGAACAUUGACAUCAUCCCUGAUGACAAAGAGGAGAAGGGCGACCCUGUCCCCCAAAACAUCGUGAACAAUUACUUCUCUAUUGGAGUGGAUGCUUCUAUAGCACACCGCUUCCAUCUGAUGAGAGAGAAGCACCCAGAAAAAUUCAACAGCAGGAUGAAAAACAAGCUUUGGUAUUUUGAGUUUGGCACAACAGAGACCAUCUCUGCUACGUGCAAGAAGCUCAACGAGUGCAUCGAGGUGGAGUGCGAUGGCAUUGUCCUAGACCUCAGCAACACCUCUCUGGAGGGCAUCGCCGUGCUCAACAUUCCCAGCAUGCACGGCGGCUCCAACCUGUGGGGUGAGACCAAGAAGAGGCGGAACUACAACCGCAUGAGCAAGAAGGUGCCCGAGAGGAUGCCAGCGAUCACCGUCACCGACGUCAAGGAACUCAAGUUCUGCAUCCAGGAUGUGAGUGACCAGCUCUUGGAGGUAGUGGGCCUAGAAGGAGCCAUAGAAAUGGGCCAGAUCUACACAGGGCUGAAGAGUGCAGGCCGACGGCUCGCUCAGUGUGCCAGUGUCACUAUCAGAACGUCACGGCUGCUCCCCAUGCAGAUCGACGGCGAGCCCUGGAUGCAGCCCCCAUGCACGAUACGAAUUACCCAUAAAAACCAGGUGCCCAUGUUGUUGGGUCCACCCCAGAAGACACCCUUUUUCUUCUUCAAGAGGCGUAACAAGAGUCGGGAUUAAAAAUAACUGUUGGAGGAGUCGGUCACCCACACAAACUCACAUAUUCAAACACACAUACAUACAGAUAAAACAUAAUGCCUAUCAAUUCAGUCGCCUGAACUUUGGAGGUUGAAGGACUUGGACAGACAUAACGAAUAUCUUCAUGGAGAGAGACUACAUUUGAAAAGACUUGGAGUUUUUCUAGAGUAGACUAUGGGAGACCAGUUCAGUCUGUUUGACCACUUCCUGUGUAUCUAAACUCUUGGAUGUCCUGCCACUGGCCUUGCAACCCCCCUGCCAAAAUCCCACCACCACCCACCUCUCCACACCUUCCCAGCCCUGCCACAGCCUCAUGCCCCCUCCCUUCACCAAGAGUUUGCCAUGAAAAUACUCGAGCUAAGAGAGGUUCCUCACAAACUACUGCCAAUACUAAGACACUGAAGACACAGCAAGGGAAGGAAGGGGACAUAAGGACAAAGCAAGAGAGAAAGCGCAAUUGGGCAGGGACUAGAGGGGGGAAAACAGAGUUCAAAUGAGAACAAAAAGAAGAAGAAGGACAAAAAGUGUGGAGCAGUGAAGAAGAAGGGGAAGCAAAAAACAAACUCACAAAUAAAAGGAACGAUAAUGUGCAGGACUGGGAGUCGAUGCGCCUCUUGCGGACGUCAUAGCGGGUCCCAGUUUGGCCCUAAACAGGGAUGGAGAACAAGCUUCCUCUCCUGGAGGAGCCAAAUAAAUAAUGAAUCGGCGAACGCAAAAGCACUCACUCCAGUGCCUCUGCCCGAGCCCCCUGCUACAUACUAUCGCUAAAUAGGUGGAGGAGCUCAUUCAUUAUUGAGGGGUUUGUUUAUGACAGGGAGGGGUGCAGCGUCGCCGUUUCCUCAAGCAUCAUCAGAGCCAGGCGUGCGUUUGGUUGUUUAUCUGCCAUUCCACCCCCAGGCAAAGCGCUGUGGCUGACCCAGGGGUUUCCAACGCAAAAGCGUUUCUGUAACCGGAUCUUAUCUGUCAUCUUCUCCCGGUCCAUUGGAGCUAGAGGACCAUCCCAGUCAGGUCGCUGCAGGAAUCAGUGCAUGGGCCCCUUCAUCAUAGAUCAGUGUUGACUCAGGGCUGCAUUUGCAUUCACUUUCACACAACACAAGCCAUCAGAAAUGUUCGGUUUCUGGCUUCACCCAUCUGUUAUCAGUUGCCACCAAUUUCUUACUGACUCAUCGUGCAAAGAAAAGUGUGUUAAAAUCGGCAUCUGUUGUUCUCUGCUGUUCUGUAGACAGAAAUCUUACUGUGAUGCAUUUUUAUAGGCUCGAAAUGAACAUAGAAAACAAGCACUGCCUGGAUACCACUGUUUCCCCUCGAAACAUAUCUCUCCCCACAGAGAUAGCGUGGGGAUGGAUCAUUACUCUGAGCCCAGUCUACCAGAACACAGAACCAGAAGGCAGUCUCGCCCCCCUGGGGAUGGUGUUGCUUAAUUUACUGUCGCAUGGACAGCCUAAAUUUAACCGCCUAUUUCAGGGAGCAUCAAUCGCGUGAAACACUACUCCUAAUAACAGCACUGAGAAAACAUCAGCUCGCAAUGUCAAGCCCACAGUCAAGAGUCGCGGAAGCCCCGCUAUGGUGGAAAAGAGGGGGGGUAUGCGCGACCCUGGGUUGAAUAUUACUGUUGUCACGGUGACCUUUUUAUCGGUGAAAUGGGAUAGGAACUGCCGAACGACUCCCAAAGGGGCAGAGUGAUGGAAAAAAUGGUGUUUACAGAUUCUACUGUAUCCAUUUGAUGUAGCCUUUGAAAAUAUCAUUGUCAACUGCAAGACGUGCUAUGUGUGUAGACACAGUCUCUUUUUGUAUUAUGAAAAAUAAGACAUAAGUGUGCAUAUAUAUAUAUACAGUGCAUAUAUAUAUGUGAAUGUGUUUCAUCCUAUAACUUGUAGAGCAUUGUACAGUAAUAUAGCCUCAAAGAAUACAGUGUUACUUAAUCAACUACCUGCCUGACUGUCAAAGUCAGGCUAAUGUCUAUGCUGAUUGGUCCCCUUUAGUCCUCAUAUGCAUUGGGCAAGGUGCUUUGUAUGGAGGUGGCCGCAUUAUCACGCUUAAGAAUUGCUAUGUUGUUGGGUUUUUGCACUUAGAAAUGGAAAUAGGCCUGCAUCGAGCAUUUCUAAACAUUAUAAUUUUCCUGACCAUCUUUUUUUUUUGCCAGUGGGAAACCACACUUGGCUCUUUUGAGAGGAGGCGAUUGGUUGGAACAGCACUGAUGUGCCAGACCCCCCUCCCCUCUGCCUGUUCCCUUUAACUACCCUGAACCGAGGAUGCUGUGUCAGGGGCCGCAGGAAUCACGUAAAGCCAGUCCAUAAUAACCACUGUGGCCGUGGCGGUACCCCCCACUAAAACGAUCCCUUUGAAGUCGCCACCUCAAGUAAUCAGUAGCUCUGUCGGGAGCUGGCAAGAGUGACGCUCUGUACGUUAGUAACAUAAGCAAAUGGACCCACGGCAAUGUCACAUGCCAAUUUGUGGUUCAUCACAUUCCUAGUCACCUAGUCCUGUGGUAUCAAAGCAAAAGGGAGGCGGGUUCAGUGAACGAGUGCAUGUUUACAGCUACUUUUUCAGUUACCAGUUUUGAAUGAUUUAUAAUAGUUCUGUAUAUAUAGAUAUUUGUUUAUAUUUUACCUGAGGUUAUAUCACCACCGCAUGCCUGCUGAAACAAAGGAGACCAAGAUGUCUGCUUGAGAAGAGACCACGCUGAUUGUCGUUAUACCCUGCACCUCCCACCCUACCCUACCAUACCACCCUUAUCCAAGCCCCUUCACUUCCCCAGUCCCCAGUUUUAUUUUUCCUAUCAGCUUAUGCACAUCAAUCACAUCUUUUGUACUCGGUGUAAUUGUUUUUUUUCAUUGCUCAUGCAAUAGCAUGUUAUAUAUUGUAAAGACAGAGCUUGUGUUAAGUAGCCUCUUUUUGGAGAAGAGUCAAUAAGCAGCCAUCUGCUCAAUAACCGAAUAACUGUCUAGGAUAUCUUUCCAACUGUCUUGUGUCCACCAGGCUUGAUUUGCCACCAACAUUGUCCAGUUACAUGUCGUCUCUGUCAAUGUCAAUGAUGGAUAGCCUUAAUUUACAAAUAUAAAAAACAGCAAUUUUUUUUGCCUCGAGACACUAGGUCACUUGCAAUAUAGAAAUAGGCCCGAGAAAAAUGAGUGGUCAGAAGUUAUUCCUCUGUGUUGCAAGGGUGCUGCCAUUGGUACUCACAUAUUACUAUGUAAGGCUAGAGAGCUGGGAGACCCAUUAGCCACGAAAAAGCUGUUUUGUUCUCCUUUAAUCAUAAAGUCGUUGUGUGUAUGUGUGUGUGUGUGCGUGCGCAUAUCUGUGCUGCACCACAACCCUUUCUGCUGACUGUGGACAUCUCUGUGUUUUCCUUCUACUUGUUAAUAACAACGAUGCAAAUGGAUAUCAGUGUGUAAGCCAUGCUGCUUUUCUGAGAGCCCGUCAAAUACAGCAGCUACACACAUUUAAAACAAUAGCAUCAACUCCCAAACAAUCAGGUUAGCCCGAUCAUAUCAUCAUCUCGGCACACUUCCCAUGUAAUUGUUUUGUAGAACAAAGUUGGUCCGAAAUCGCUACAAAAAUCAGAUUGGUGUUAUGCACCAACCUGUUAUGCAGCCAUAAGCCCCAGCUCUCACAAGAGUGAACUGUUACAUUCCCCAUCUCUGAUCACCGAUUUGACCUUGGCCUGGAGUCCCUUACAGAAGCAGCAUGGUAAACUAGCAUAGCAACAGCACCAACUCUAUCUCUUAGUCUCGGGCAGAUAAACAGUAUUGAGUGUCGUGCACUGUCGCACAAAUGCAUUUAGGGCCCAUGUCAUCCUCCUCAGUCCUGAAUGUGAUGUUCUAACUGCUACAUGUAUGCAUAUGCCUCUGUCCUCCUCCCACCACUAGGGUUUGUGUGGUGUGUCCAUCUGUGUAAGCAGCAAAGGGUCAAGGACAAAGCAACAGCUCUCUGGUCUGCCCGUGGGGAGCGGUGGGGGGGGGGGGGGCAGAGGUGGAGUGGUGGGGGCUUAGACCCCCUUGUCCUCUCCCUGACUCCUCUGCUGCUGCCUGUUAGCUGUUGGCAUCUAUUUUGAUGGGCAAAACAAAUAUAUUAUUGAAUAAAAAGGAGAGGUUCGGAACUGA